CGGUCCCGCGCCUUAACGGGUCCGUCGCGCCGCAGUGACGCGGGAGCGGUUCCGGGGUCGGAGUCCGCGGCCAUGGCGUCGCCGGCGGGCGGCGGGAGCAGCUGCCGGCUGGAGUUCGCGGUGCAGAUGAGCUGUCAGGGCUGCGCCGAUGCCGUGCGGGCAGCGCUGGACGCGGCUCCCGACGUGAAGCUGCUGGAGCUGCGGCCCCAGGAGCAGUCGGUGUUGGUGGAGACCACGGCAGCGGCGGAGCGAGUGCGGGAGCUGCUGGAGAAUUCGGGGUGCAGGGCCGUGCUCAAGGGCAUGGGGGGCUCCUCCGAGGCUCCCCCCGGGGGCGCGGCGGUGGCGGCGCUGGGGGGUCCCGGGGGGGUUCGGGGGCUGGUCCGGUUCCUGCAGCUCACCCCCGGCCGCUGCCUCGUGGACGGGGCCGUGUCCGGGCUCCCCCCCGGCCCCCACGGGCUGCACAUCCACGAAUUUGGGGACCUCUCGGACCCUUGUAACAGCUGCGGGGGCCACUUCAACCCUGAUGGAGAGACCCACGGGGGACCCCAGGACCAGCACAGGCACGCCGGGGACCUGGGGAACAUCUGGGCGGACUCCGAGGGCCGAGCGCGGUUCCGAAUUGAGGACACGCGGCUGAAGGCUGGCCUGUGGCGUGGUGGCCCGCGCGGCCGGGCUCUUCCAGAACCCCAAACGCGUCUGUUCCUGCGACGGCGUCACCCUCUGGGAGGAGCGCGACCGCAGCCAUGGAACCCCCCCAGGGACCCCCGCCAUGGAGACCCCCAGCCCCCACCUCUAGGAGCCCCCCGGGACCAAAUAAACGCCCCUCGCUCUGCAGCCGCUGCGGGUCUGGGGGGGGCGCGAUCCCCGAAGUGCUGCGGCUCCUUUAAAUGGGGGCGUGGCCAGAGCGGAUCUGUUAAGAAGGGGCGUGGUUUAAGGUGCGAUGGGCGGGGCUAACGCGGCGUGAAAACA